ACAAGGCAUAACUUGAUUAUACAUUUUGUGCACAGGUCGGAGUCCUCGGGUGCUACUCAACAACGGUUUGUCUGCCUUUUUUUUCUUUUCCCUCUUCUACCUCUCCUGCUUCAACUCAUUCUCCUGGAUUAUGUACAUUACAUUCCAGCGCUGUUGAAAAUAUCUAAUCUCACUUACCUGCUUCACUAUCAAUCUUCUGAAACUGACCAGCUUUGGUCUAUACAGAAUCAGCUUCAGCCACCACAUAUUGCCGCCCACAGAGACACCACUCGUGACAAGAAAACAAGAAGUGGUCGAGAAAAAGGGGAGAUUUUAGAAGACGAAUUUAUCGUCGUUGUCAGUCUCAAACUUCAUCGUCAACACUCCACCGGGCAAGCGCAGUCUAGCCUCUCUUGUCUCCGGUGUUGACAUCGCCCUGUUCCGUUUCCGCUUUUCCCUGGCUCUUUCCUGCGAUGCCUCGUCGAUCUGCGGUUUCCUCUUCCACCACCACCGAUUCUCCCAACUCGCCGUCCUUUUCUUCCUCGAUCCCCGGAAAGGGCGGUAUUCCCAUCAAGCCCCCCAAUCGUCUGAGCCAAUUCUUCUCGUCUUCGCCUAAAUCCAAGUUUGAACCUCAGACUGCCCAGGCGGCCCUCCAGUCCGUCAGUGGGAAUACUCCUAGUCCCUCUACUCCUCCGAUAAGCUCAGCCUCACUGUCAUUACCGACUAUCUCUCUCUCUACAGCUACGGCGGACAAUCCCAACAUGGACGAACCGCCCACCACGCUCUUUCAGCCUCCGUCGCCCGAAGAGGCGCGCCGCUUAGCCAAACAACAUGCGCAGUUCGGUCCCAUCGGUCAUCAUAACCACCGGUAUUCGAGUCGACACCCCGGUGGUGUCUUCCCGGAGCCCGUGAUGGACGAACCGCCUUAUUAUUAUCUUAUUACCACCUACAUCAGUUAUCUAAUCCUAAUCGCCUUUGGUCACGUCCGUGACUUCUUUGGUAAGCGUUUCCGCGAAGAGAACUAUCGACACCUGAAGCCACGGAAUGGCUACGGCGCCCUCAACAGUGAUUUCGAUAACUUCUAUGUUCGCCGUCUCAAGCUGCGUAUUAACGACUGCUUCGACCGGCCCACGACCGGUGUCCCGGGACGAACCAUUAGCUUAAUUGACCGCAAAACGGAUGACCACAACAAGCACUUCUAUUUCACGGGUACUACCACCGAUACACUCAACCUGAGUUCUUACAACUACCUGGGUUUCGCUCAAUCCGAAGGUCCGUGUGCGGAUUACGCUGAGGAGACCACGAGAAAGUAUGGUAUCGCCGCUCCCAGCACCCGCGCCGAAGUGGGAACGCAAGACCUCCAUACAGAGGUGGAGGAUUUGGUUGCCAGAUUUGUGGGUAAAGAAUCCUCGAUGAUCUUCUCAAUGGGAUUCGGUACCAAUGCAACCGUUUUUCCUGCCCUAGUUAGCAAAGGUUGCCUAAUCAUUUCGGAUGAACUGAACCACGCGUCGAUUCGCUUUGGGGCCCGUCUCUCGGGUGCGUCCAUUGGCAUGUUUAAGCACAAUGACAUGAAAGACUUGGAAGUCAAGUUGCGGGAAGCUAUCUCCCAAGGCCAGCCUCGGACCCAUCGUCCAUGGAAGAAGAUCCUUGUGGUCGUUGAGGGUCUUUACUCGAUGGAAGGCUCCAUGUGCAACUUGCCCGGUCUUAUUGCUUUGAAGCGUCGCUACAAGUUCCACCUUUUCAUUGAUGAAGCUCACUCGAUCGGUGCCAUCGGUCCUCGGGGCCGUGGUGUGUGUGACUACUUCAGCAUCGAUACCCGUGAAGUGGAUAUCCUGAUGGGCACUCUGACCAAGUCCUUCGGAGCUAAUGGCGGGUACAUUGCCGGUGAUAAGGUCAUGAUUGACAAGCUGCGUGCCACGAACUCUGGCGUUAUCUUUGGAGAAUCGCCGGCUCCGGCUGUCCUGGCGCAGAUUUCCUCUGCUCUUCGAAUUAUCAAUGGUGAGAUUAUUCCUGGUCAAGGCGAAGAGCGGCUACAGCGUCUGGCCUUCAAUUCGCGAUACCUUCGUCUCGGCUUGAAGCGUCUUGGCUUUAUAGUAUAUGGUCACGACGAUUCGCCAAUUAUACCUGUUCUUCUCUUCAACCCUGCCAAAAUGCCCGCUUUCUCCCACGAGAUGCUCCGAAGAAAGAUCUCUGUCGUCGUUGUUGGCUAUCCUGCGACUCCUUUGGUCUCGUCUCGAGCUCGUUUCUGCGUUUCCGCCGCUCACACCAAAGAAGAUCUCGACCGAAUCUUGACCGCCUGUGAUGAGAUUGGAAAUGUUCUCCAAAUAAAAUUCUCCACCGGUAUUGCCGGCGGUGCACUGCCGGAAAAUGGAGAACUGGCACCUCCUCCGGAAAUGGAGAAGGAGUGGCGCAGCAAGCGGUCCCCCUCCAUCCUCCCUCCCCGAUGGCGCAUCGAAGACGUUAUCCGACGUGGUGUCCAAGAUUCGAAGGCGCCCAUGUACUAAAUGUACCAGCUGUCGAGUGGUUCGUGUAUGAACUGCAUGGCCUGGUCCAUUUUUAUGUCGUUACGCCCGGUGCUGUCGGGUAAAGUUCUGCGCCCCUUUGGAGUGAGGAG